AGUAGAAUAAAGGAGAAUCCCGAGCGUCACCGCUCCUUCCCGACCGACCCUAUUUAUUGUAUUUUUUUCACCUUUUCACAUUUUCUUUUCGUGUCUUUUUAAAAAUUAAAGAAAAGAAUAGGGAGUAAAAAAACAGCAAAGACCUGUGAAUAUUUUGAAUUUCCCAACAAAUCCUUUUCUUCAUCUCUCUCUCUCACUCAUAUUGUCGCUUUCGCUCUCAUAGUCAUAGGCUUCAGUUUCUGGAAACAAAAGAUUCUUAGUCUUCUUUCAAAAUUUUUGAUAACUCUCACUCAGGUGAAAGUUCCCGGCUUAAAUUUUUGUUGCUAUAAAAAUCGACGGAGAAGAUUUCAAUUUUCAUUGUCGUUUUCGAUUGAAAUGUGUCUGAAAACUUGAGAAGACAAGAGCAGUAGGAAGAAAGAGUGAUUCUUUUUGUUCUUGUCUUUGAGAAGACGAAGAAGAAAGAAGAAAAAAAUGUCGGGUCUAAAGAUUUCGGAUCCAAGCAAAUUGCAUCUGAUGAAGAAGGAGCUUACACAAAUCAGGAAAGUUGCCAAGGGUUUACCUGAUCCCGGAACCACUUCCUCUUGGAAAUCUCCUCUUCCUUCCUCUAGAUCCGUCCCUGACCCGCCGCCGCCGCUGGAGAGCAGUAACAACCAGUUGGAUUUUCCGAGUAGUCGAGGUUUUGGGAACGGGAAAGACAAGGACAAGGAGAAGAAGGUGUUUUUGUACAAUUGGAAGGCUCAGAGGACUUCGAGUGAGAAGAGUGGUUUUUCUAAAAACAGUGAAGAUGAUGAUGAGGAUGAUGUGAGUGAUGCUAGGAACGGUGGUGAUUCGUAUCUUGGGAAAACUCGAUCUGCUUCCAUGGGUUUCGGAUGCAGAGACUCGAAUCUUGUGUCACCUGGUUUUGCUAAGAUUAGAAAGAAGAAGAGUUAUCAUCAUCAACCUAAAGAAGCUAUUCUCGGAAGAAGAAGAAGCUCUAGGCAGUUUCAAAGUCGUCAUCUUCACGCUGAGUCAGGUUUAAGUGUUGUGCGAGAUGCAUCUGUUGAGUUAUCUGACGAAACAGAGGAUUUUAGCAAUUCGGAUAAUCCACGGAAGGUCACUAAAGUAUCAUCUCCUUUGCUUUUGAAGCUUAAGCACAAGAACUGGUCACACUCUUCUUCUAAGUUCUUGAGAGCUACUAGUAAGAGAGAGGAUUCUUCUCAUACGUGUAACAGUACACCUGCAUUGUCGACUAGCUCAUACAACAACAUGUAUGCUGUUCGUAAUCCUAGCACACUUGGAUCUUGGGAGGACGAUGAUGAUGACUUGGAUGAUGAUAACUUGGAUUUUACAGGGAGACAAGGUUGCGGGAUUCCUUUUUAUUGGACAAAGAAGAAUCUGAAACAUAGAGGUGGGUGUAGGAGUUGUUGCUCACCUUCCUUUUCGGAUACACUUAGAAAGACUGGGAGUAGUAUGUUAUGCGGGAGUCAGUCAGUGUAUCGUAGACAUAGACAUUCUUCUGGGAGGUAUGAUAAACAGAAACUUGCUUUAAGAAGUGCAAAGGGUGUUUUGCCUUUGCUCAAAUAUGGUGGUAAUAGUAGAGGAGGUUCAUCUAUUGGAUUUGGGUGUAGUGAUGAUGAUCUUUCUACUGAUUUCGGAGAGGUUGACUUAGAGGCUCAAAGUAGAUUAAAUGGGAGGAGAUGGUCUACUAGUUGUAAGAGUCAGGAUGGAGGAGAAGAGGAAGAAGAAGAAGGAAGUACAUCGGGAAGUAUCCAGAGCUUGAGCUAUAAGUACAAGCCUAUGUUCUUUGAUGAAUUGAUCGGACAGAGUUUAGUUGUUCAAUCUCUAAUGAACGCUGUGAAAAAGGGUAGGGUUGCUCAUGUUUAUCUUUUCCAAGGUCCUAGAGGAACUGGGAAGACAUCUACUGCGAGAAUCCUUUCGGCUGCCCUGAACUGUGAUCUGUCGACUCAAGACAUGAAACCUUGUGGGUAUUGCAAAGAGUGCAGUGAUUACAUGUUGGGGAAAAGUAGGGAUCUAUUGGAACUUGAUGCUGGUAAGAAGAAUGGAGCUGAGAAAGUUACUUAUCUUUUGCAAAAACUUCUGACAUUAGCUCCACAGAGUUCCCCAAGAUUCAAGGUUUUUGUGAUAGAUGAGUGUCAUUUAUUACCAUCUAAGACGUGGCUGUCUUUACUCAAAUUUCUUGAGAACCCUCUGCAGAAAGUUGUCUUCAUAUGUAUUACGACCGACCUUGACAAUGUUCCUCGGACCAUUCAGUCAAGGUGUCAGAGUUACCUCUUCAACAAAGUCAGAGAUGGUGACAUUGUUGUGAGACUAAGGAAAAUUGCUUCAGAUGAAAAUCUAGACGUGGAGUCUCAGGCGUUGGACCUGAUUGCUUUGAAUGCUGAUGGCUCACUUCGAGAUGCUGAAACUAUGUUGGAUCAGUUGAGCUUGAUGGGAAAACGAAUCACAGUCGAUGUUGUAAAUGAGCUUGUGGGUGUUGUUUCAGAUGAAAAUUUACUGGAACUUUUGGAGUUAGCAUUGUCAUCUGACACGGCAGAGACCGUUAAGAAAGCUAGAGAGUUACUGGACGUAGGAGCUGACCCAAUACUCAUGAUGUCUCAACUAGCCAGUCUUAUCAUGGAUAUCAUUGCUGGAGCAUACAAGGCCUUGGACGAAAAGUACAGUGAAGCCUUCCUUGAUGGACGGAACUUGACUGAAGCUGAUAUGGAGAGACUAAAGCAUGCUUUGAAACUUCUUUCUGAGGCUGAGAAGCAGCUAAGAGUUUCUACUGAUCGUUCAACAUGGUUCAUAGCUACCUUGCUACAACUUGGUUCGAUGCCUUCUCCUGGAACCACACAUACCGGUAGCAGUAGAAGGCAAAGCUUUAGAGCAACUGAAGAUCCCCCGUCAAGCAUUUCAAGGGAAGUUACUGCUUACAAACAGAGAUUAGGCCUUCAAUGUAGUAGUAAUUCAACAUCCCCAACUUCCAUGAGAAAAAGCGGAAAUCUUGUUCAUGAAGUGAAAUUGUCUUCCACGUCUAGCGAAGUUGUAGAGAGUGACACUGCCUCGCAUGACGAUACAACGGCAAGCACCAUGACACUUACUUGCAGAAAUUCUGAGAAACUAAAUGAUAUCUGGAUAAAAUGUGUAGACAAAUGUCAUUCGAAGACAUUGAAGCAGCUUCUAUAUGCUCAUGGGAAGCUUUUAUCUAUCAGUGAAGUUGAAGGUAUUCUAGUUGCUUAUAUUGCAUUUGGAGAAAGAGAGAUCAAAGCGAGAGCUGAGAGGUUCUUAAGUAGUGUCACAAACUCGAUUGAAAUGGUACUACGGAGAAACGUAGAGGUCAGGAUAAUUCUCUUGUCUGAAACUGAGUUACUCACCUCCAAGCAGACCAGACAAAUAGCAGUUACAACUAGUUCAGAUACUGAAAGUGGGAAUGAGAUUCCAAUGAAAAGGAUCGAAGCAAUCAUCCAAGAACAGAGAUUAGAAACUGAGUGGUUACAAAAGACUCCUGGUUCACAAGGCCGGUUAAAACCCGAAAGAAAUCAAGUUCUACCGCAAGAAGACACGAAUGGAGUUCAAGUUUUGAAGAUCUGUGAAAUGGGUGAGUUUCAGGAGAAUCAGACUGGCAAAAGAAUGGAGCAUUGUCCAGUUUCUCCUAGCUUACUACACAACAGCAACUUCACAAACAACAAAGACAAUCUAGGAUAUGAAUCAGAAUCAGGGAGAGGAGUUUGCAGUCUGCUUUUCUGUUGGAACACACAAAAGUCCCCAAGAAGAAACAAAAUCAAAGGGACUGCUGUGCGAUCACGAAGAAGUCGAGAGAGACGUUUCUCCUUGUUCAGUGGGUGUGCUAAACCAAGGAAGUAAAAAAUAAGGUUACUGUGUGAUAUUUACUGUGUAGUAAAGAAAAUAGGAAAGUUAAAGUAAUUAAAUGCUAAAAUUGAAUUUUAUAGCAAAUAAGUAAAUGAUAAGAUAUGUAUUUUUCUAGAGUACUCAAAUUUGAUAGGAAAGUUACUGUUUAUUGCC